AUGAAUCAAAAGUAGAAGCGCACGGGCGCGUUGAGGGUGGAUGGUCGGAUGGGACGGGAGCGUUCAGGCGCUAGGACCCGUUACACGUGAGCGUAUUAUUAUUUUGCCAGAGGGUGGAGACGGUGAACAAUAAGGGAGCUGACUGGUAGGAGCAGCAGAGGAGCAACAUCUGAGACCCUCCCCACCCACCUCUGCUCAAACCCAGACUCUCGCCGGACUGACGCGCAAAGCAGACUGACCGGCAGACAGCGGGUGUAAGACGCAGAGCUGAGUUUGGAGAGAGUGGGAACAUGUGGAUUGGUCCAUGCAUGCUUCAGAGAGCAGAGGUUUGCUGAGCCCCUCGCGUGGAUGUGAGUGAAUGAGUUCGCCUCGGUGUGCGUGGUGCUGAACUGGGUCAUGCGGACCACUGGAGGAGCCACGGUUAAACACGCACCCUCGUCCCGCUGCUUGGCAGGUUGAGAUGGUGGGCGCUCAGAGGAGGGAUCCCAGCCUGUGUCCUCUCAUCUCAGCCUCCAGCAUCAGAUGAUGAUUUGAUUUAAUCCGCCUCCGGAGGAAGUCACAAAACUGAAGAGCAUCUCCAGAAACCAGGCCAGAAAUCUUCUUGGGUGGGCAGCAGCAGGCAAAGCACAACGGCGAGAUCUCGUUCUAGCUUUGUCAGCUCUCAAACGGCAAGGUUUUGAUGUUUUUAAGGGACCUGUUUGGGGUUCCUAUCAUUUUAAACUGAUCCAUAACUUCCUUCGAACGAGGAGAUCCAUCCAUCGGGUUCCUGCAGAGCCCAGCGGAUCGGAGCGCAGCAGCUCUGCUCGCCGAGCGGAUGCAGGACCAUGGAGGAGAGAGACAGGUCGCCAGCAGUCUGCCCCACAGCGUCAAGGCGAGCCUGUCUCUUUCUCCAUCUGGGCCGGGAAGGGUGGGCACUGGCGGGGGCUCCCCUACAUCCAAGAUGGGCUACUGUGGAGGGGUGCCUGUGGAGGACAUGCAGGCCCUGGCCAUCACUUCUCUGUCGGCAGCAGAUGUAGCCAAACAAUACGAGCACAUUCGCGAGCUGGGGAAGGGCACGUACGGCAAGGUGGACCUAGUGGCACACCGGACGCAGGGCACCAAAAUGGCGCUGAAGUUUGUUACCAAGAACAAGACGAAGCUGAGGAGUUUCCUGCGGGAGUACAGUCUAACAGGCUCACUUAGCUGCAGCCCCUUCAUUAUCAAAGUCCUGGACGUGCUCUUUGAGACGGAGGACAGCUAUGUGUUUGGACAAGAAUAUGCCCCCGCUGGGGACCUUUUUGACAUCAUCCCUCCACAGGUGGGUCUUCCAGAGGAAAUGGUCAAACGCUGCAUGCAACAACUGGGCUUGGCACUGGACUUUAUGCACGGUAAAAACCUAGUACAUCGGGAUGUCAAACCUGAGAAUGUGCUACUAUUCGACCGCGAGUGCCGCCGCAUCAAACUGGCUGACUUUGGUAUGACCCGACGCGUGGGAAGCCGCGUGAAACGGGUGAGUGGCACCAUCCCCUAUACAGCGCCAGAGGUGUGCCGCGCUAGCCGUGCUGAGGGUUUCCUUGUGACCACCAGUCUGGAUGUGUGGGCGUUCGGGGUUCUGGUCUUCUGCAUGCUGACAGGCAAUUUCCCCUGGGAGGCAGCACUGCCGGCCGAUGCCUUCUAUGAGGAGUUUCGGCGCUGGCAGAAAGCAGGUUGUCCUGUGGGGACGUACCCAUCUCAGUGGCGCCGCUUCACUGAUGAUGCCCUGCGCAUGUUUCAGCGGCUGCUCGCUGCUGAGCCGGAAAAACGCUGCGGAGUCAAGGACGUCUUCUGCUUUGUCAAGUACGAGCUGGUCAGCGAGCUCAGGCGCAGAGCAUCUUGCCGAGCCAAGAGAGGUGAGAGGUCAAGUUCGGGAGUGUGCACCGGCAGUUACGCUUCCUCGUCGUCCGCUACUUCAUCACGUUCCUCCCACAGACACCCCGAGCCCUCGACCCCUCCGGGCACAUCCUGCCUGCGCCCGGCACCACUUAAACGCAGUGUCCUGUCCGACCCGCUGUCUCCCAGAGAGGAGCCUGGACAGCACCAGUCUCCAGGCCGAGACAAGAACAAAAGCCAGAUGAUGAUGGCAACUGCCAUCGAAAUCUGUGUGUGACCACGUGAAUGUUAGCAGGAGACUAAAUGGCUUUUCACAGUAAUAAAAAGCUGUGAAGAGGUGUUAAAGACUACCACAGAGACUCCGCUGGAAAAAAAGAGAGUUACUUUAACGAUGAAAGAGAAGCUCAGGAUCACAUCCCCGGCUGUGCAAAUGAACAACAUCAAUCAGUGGUACACACUUGGACAGCUUAUCACUAGCACAUGGCAUUUAGGUUUUGAUUUGUGACCAAAGACUAUUUCCCAAGCUGAGAAUCUGCUGCUGUUGCUCCUCUCUGCCAUCCAGACAUGUGUGUUUUCUGCCCAUACACUGUGGUGGUGCUAAUGAUUCUGUAAUUACAUACUCCAUAAGAAAAAACGGCUUUUCUCUCUCAUAACUCCAUGUCUCUUUACUUGUGUUUAUGUUAUGUCUCUUUCCUAGUGUUUAUUUAUCUGAGAGUUUAAGCUACGGGGAGGCCAACACUUUAUCUGAUCUGGUGAUGUUGGUCAGUCGGAGGCCGGUGUUCUGAGGGCAAUCUAAGCAACAUUCGUCUGCCAUUUCUCAGACUUCCUGUCAACCUCCAAUGCAUAAAAUUAGUCUUUUUCAAGAGAAUGUGUUAAGAAGAGAAAUGGAAGAAAACAAAGGAAACCUUUAUGUAGCAGUUUGUAUAAUCAUGUUGGUGUCUAGACUUAGAGACAGAUUCUCAGGACACUUCAGUGGGUUACUUCCUGUUUUAUUAUUAAUGAAAAUCCAUUGACUGGCUGAAACACAUCUGCCACUUCUGUAAUACUGUCAAUGAGAUUCAUUUCCAAUGCGACAAAGCAGAAUACAGGGAUUGUGCAUUUUCUAAGGUAAAAGGGUGGUGAACAAAGAAGAGGAGAAGAAGUGUCUUUUAUUGUUUCUUUUCUACCUGCUGUACGUGUUUGGAUGUGUGUGUUUCAAAUGCUAAAGCACAAGAUAUUUUGUAAAGGAGAACUCUUAAAAAACUACGCCUCUAUAUUGUAAAUAAUUUGAUAUUUCUAUGAGUGCACCGUAUUAUCAGGUAGUUCAACUAUGUAGCGGUACAAAUUUUCUAUGACAGGGAUAGGGGUUUUAGGGUUUUACAGUCACUGUCGGGGCAAUGCAAUGUAUGUAGCAACAAAAUAUGACAACGUGUACAGUAUAUCACAAGAAAUUAAAUAUAUAGAAAUAGGAUCAAGAGCCUAUCACAACAUAUAACAUGGUAGCAACAGCUGUUUUUUUCUUUUAUUGUUUUUGAGUUUUAUCUGAACUGAACCAGUUUUCAGUUUUCUGACCCAGAUAUGACACACACAUUGGUGAAUAGAUGCCACUCAUUCUGCAUUUUCCUGUCACCAUAACCCUAUCAUGAACAGCAUCCAUUUCCUGUGUAAAACCAAUGCGCUUCCUGGCUUCCUUUAAUCUGCUAAAGUUAUAGAGGUGCUACUUUGAGGUUGACACCUUCACAAAAGAAUAUGUUGUUGCACCCCUUAUUAUCACUUUGAAUAUAAUCCUCCUGACUCUUUGGGAAUUCAUCCAAAUGCAUCCAUUGAAUAUCAGAUCCCAGGUGUUUAUUGUCUGGAGGCCACUGUGUCAGCUAUUGAUGUUCUGUGAGCUGAAGAUCGACCCUGACCUGCCCCGCUACAGAUUCAGCCUCCAAAGAGAUACUGCUAGUUAAAAAAGCAUCUAAAAAGCAGAGUAUGUUUAAUGGGAAUGCUUACCAUUAUUUUUCUUGCUUGAAUUGCCCUACUGUUAUUUACCCAGGUGUGUCAUGUCUAUGACAAUGUUUGUCAUGUGAGUAUGUGUGAAUGUGUGUGUGUGUUUCUCUUUUGUCUUCACGUUUCUUUUUUUCCCCCACUCCUCCCAUGACACCCCAUCAGCUCUGUCGCUAUAGUGACAGUGCUGGUGCUCCUCUGGUUCGCCUUCUGUCUUCUACUUAAAAAAAUCAAGUCUGAUUACGCCCAAAUGAAACAACUGGUCACCAAACUCCCUCCCAGUAGCCCACAGCUUCUCAUGACAGUUGCUUAGCUUAUCUCACUGGAUGACACAUUUCUGCAGAUGCACAUAUUUCUGUAUUUUAUGAGUCAGUUCACUGACCAAAGUCUUUAUCCAGUCUCUCCAGGCAUAAUCAGAGCUGAUGAUAGUCCCCAUCAUUUUUCUUGUUUCUUCUCAUCCUUACUCUUGAUUCUGAAAAGGUGAUCUGAUUGAGGCUGAAGACUUGUCAAAGGGAUUUAUUGUAUGCUGAGAUGCUGGCUGCCUCUGAGGAUCUGUCAGAAGGUAAUCUGUCAGUAGAUUGUGGUGGAAUGUGAAUUAGCCCUGCCCUAUAGUUUGCUAUUCUGUUUAUGUAGGAUUAACCCUGAAAUUGACAGGGAUAAGAUGGAUGGUGUGUAAAAGCUAAUAUAAAAUAAUGCAACUCAACAUUACAAAACUCAACCUACCGUAAUGCAAAAUAUUGUAACAACAUGACAUGGUGCAACGUACUUCCAAAUGUUAAAUAACCUAAAAUUAUGUUAACGUAACAUAACGUGCGGCAUCAUAACAUGCCGUAUCAAAACAUGAUUUAUUAAAACAUGAUGUAUCAAAACAUGACGUAUCAAAACAUGACGUAUCAAAACAUGACGUAUCAAAACAUGACUUAUCAUAACAUGACUUAUCAUAACAUGACUUAUCAUAACAUGACGUAUCAAAACAUGACGUAUUAAAACAUGACGUAUUAAAACAUGACGUAUUAAAACGAGACGUGUCAAAACGAGACGUAUCAUAACAUGACGUUUCAUUUCAUGACGUUUCAUAGCAUGACGUAUCACAACAUGACUUAUCACAACAUGACGUAUCACAACAUAACGUAUCAUAACAUGACAUAUCAUAACAUGACGUAUCAUAACAUGACGUAUCAUAACAUGACGUAUCAUAACAUGACGUAUCAUACAUUACAUGACGUUUCAUAGCAUGUCAUAUCAUAACAUGGUGCAUCAUAACAUGCAGAAAUGUAACAUGAGGUAUUGUACCAUGAUGUUACAAAACAUAACAUAACAUGUGCAUACAUGUAGCCCCUAACUUCACCAGUGUCACAGUGUUCUGAUGUGAGCAGUUGUGGCUUUGUUAAACAUCCUAUCCAUUAGCAUUAUUAGACCACUGUCAGUUGUUGCAAUGUGCAAUGCUGUUUCUCAUGGACUGUUAUGAUAGGAAUUUUAAAGUUUAAUGAUGAGGUGUCAUAUUAUUACUAAAGCUCUAGCGAGUAGCCUCCUGUUUACUCAGUUUCUCCUGAUCCAAUGAUCAAUCUGUUUUCUGCCAGCCAGUGUUGUUGUAGAAACCAAUGUAAAUAAUGUAUGUACUGUGUCUAUAACAAAACAAAACAAAAAGAAUAAACAAAAUGUUCAUAUAUGUUGAAAUAAAUUUAUGCACCA